AUGCUCGCCCUCACACAGGCCCUCAAGACCCGCUUCCGUGCCACUGCCCCAGGCCCCAUGUCGUGGACCAGUGACACCAUGACACAGAUCAUUGGAAAGUUGUCAGCAGUGGUUAGCAGUCUGUUCGGGCCCGUCAGUCACAAAUCCAAUGCUGUCGAACAACGCACUUCCGACCACCACACAGGCAAUGUUGCCUCGAAGAAACGCCGACUCUCCCAGCGUGGGGAUGAUGAACCUUCCUGGAUCGAUGAAGAUGCCAGAGCCCGUCUCUGGGACCGUCAUAUCAAAUGUCUUCUCCAGGGGCUCUCUCAGGCCACAAUGUGCAUCAAGGACCAGCAUGCUGGUGACCUCGAUCGUCGGAGUGCCCAGCGCUUCAGCUACCGGGGCGACAAAUUUGCGCAUCUGAGACUCGAGAAUCUUGUUACACUUGUGAUGCCAAUCACCCAUGCCUCAGCCGUCAUUGAGCACCUUUAUUCCAGGGACAUGCUUGAACAGGCGAAACGCUAUAACAAGACACCGCAAGCCCGCGUUCGAUACGGCCUCGAGAGAAAUGCCGAAGACGUUUCUUUCGACCACGCAGUGCGCCUGCUCGAGAAUUUGCCUUCGGAACUGGGCCCUAUCCUGGAUUGCUGCCACGUGGAUGAUCAUUUGCUAAAGACAGUCUGCAAUGAUCUCUACGCUCUUCUUGCGAAACGACCUAUUCCGAGUCUGGUUGUCAAUGCAUCGACGGAAACACUCUCCUUGUGGGAGCGUUUGGCACGCGUUCCUGCUGACGAGGAUGUCGUCAUGUCCGAUGCGCCAAACAUGACAGUUCCGCCAGCUUUUUUGGCGAUCCCAGGCAGCUUCCCGGAAGAGGACACCAGUCGUAUAGCUGACACACAGUCAAAUUUGCGCAAAGGCCAGUUCGCUGCAAGCCGUUCUGCGCAAUUUGAAAUGCCGCUUGCCUCAAGAGACUCCUUACCUACCCUCCACGACGGUAUUCCCUUUGACUUGACUCAAGCGCAUCUUGUAGAUCCGCAAAGCGCUGAUACAUCCAGCGAGAAGGUCUCCUCUAACGUGUAUAACCACCGGUCCAUGCGAUCCAUUCUGAGGGAGAAACUGAGGUCAACGUCUUCGCCAGAUGCGGCGCAAUUAUCUCGACACAGGCCUCGCGAUCAUGACCCUGACUAUUCUCCCUACAAGCCCCGCUCUUCUGUCGGAUCGGCUAUCCUAUCGCCGGUCUCAAAGCGGUCUACUUCUAGAUCACCACCCUCAUACGUCCCGCGCCUGAAGUCGCCAGAUUUGAGGCGAGCGACAGCCACGAGCACGGCAAGCCUCUUCACCCCGGCCUCGCUGUCACUACAGAACACGGGUCAUUACUUUGUUUCAGCCGGUGGGAAAGAGGCUGAAGACGUGUCAGACGUUGACCAGACAACCCAGAUCGCGGAAGGUUCCAACACGAAAUUUGUUCAUAGGGAGGCGUAUGACGACAAUCUGAGCAACACGGAGGCCAUACAUUCAACUUCAUUCAGGCCGCUUUCUCAUCAAGACAUCGCCGACGGGCAUCGAAAUACAGCCAGUUAUCUCCGUCAUAACAUAGAUGAGCAGGAGGGGCAAGGAGAAAGCGAUAGCGCCGACGAGAAGCAAGAAGACCGCGAGCAUGACGUGCUCACUCGCCACGGGGCCAGCAUAAACGGUCACAUGCAAGAGGGGCUGCGAAAAUACUACAGACCCAGUUCGCCAGUCUUCGGGUCGGACCUUGAUAAACAGCUCUCGGGCCUGCAAAUAAGCGACGAGAGGCAAUCGGCUUUAGAUGAAGUCGCACUUCGCAGGCAGGUCGAAGAGGAAGAACGGGAAUUUCUCGCAGCAGCUGCAGCCAAAGCCGCGGCGGAGGCCGAGAAAAAGCGUGCUGAUGCUGAGAAACUGCUCAAGACGGGGGGCUUGCGUCCACCUCACAAACCCAUGGUGGCUCCGCUGUCAGAUGACUGGUUGCGAAAGGUCGAAGCCUCCGUCACUCGUCAGGGUGCCAGCGUUGCGCGCACUUUUGAGGGGACCGAACUCACCCCCCGCGACUUUGCCAGAGUUGUUCCUCCGACAGAAUGGCUCAACGAUGAGAUUGUGAACGGCACAUUGCUAUGGCUAGAUCGCUUUAUCAACCUUGCAGCCGGUGUCAGUGACGCUCGAUCAGCGAACAGGAAGUGCCUUGCACUGUCGUCGUUCAUCUGGAAGAGGAUACAGGAUGCUGGACCCGGGAGUACCGGCCGAGCGCUUCGCCGCUUUGGUGUAUCCAAGGCGAACUUUGGCGACCUCGACACGGUUCUGCUACCAGUGUGUGAGAACUCUCACUGGACACUCAUUGUGGUCCGGCCCAAGAUGCGGACCAUUGCUCACAUGGACUCACUGAGCGUUGCUGGAUCCGCCAGUAAACUUAAACUGGCCCAGGCUUGGGUCAAGGCUGUUCUCGAAGAGAACUUCAUCGAAGCUGAGUGGAGGGUGGUACGACAUGACGCCCCUCGACAGACAAACGGAUACGACUGCGGCGUGCACACAAUCACAAACGGCAUGUGCAUUGCUCUAGGUUUGAACGCUAUUGACACCUAUGCAUCAGAUGAGAUGCCCCUGCAGCGACUUCGAAUAGCUGCAAUGCUACUGAAUGGAGGUUUCAGCAAGGAUUUCGAUCUUGCCGGUCUGUGA